GCCAAGCUCUGAUUCACACUCGGUUGUACAUCACGUCCUUGAAACAGUUCAAUUCAACACUCGUCUAGCUGAAGUUAUAUCAACUUGAUCUGCUAUACAGGGAAAUGAUGGGUUUUCUCUGCCUUCUCCUCUCUCUGACUGCUUUACAAGUGGAGGGUUUCAGUGGGGGAGGAUCUUCCAUUGCUUCUCAGUGUGGCUCAAUGCUGCCUGGUAAUAGUUUUCAUGGCAGCACAGGGCAGAGCUCUUCCUCACCAUACACUGUCACUGUCAACCAGACCACCUACCAGCCAGGAGACACCAUCCAAGUGACUCUGUCAGGAACCUUCACCUAUAAAGGGUUUCUUCUGGAGGCCCAUGAGGAAGGACAGAACAAGGCUGUGGGAACAUUCUCUCUCGGCAGUGGAACUGGGAUCAUUCUUGUGCCUUGCAAUGGGAUCGCAGCCUCUGGGGUGAGUCAAAGCAUCAAUCUACCUAGAUCAUCAGUAACAGUCACCUGGACAGCACCAUCCACAUCCUCAUUGGGCAACAUCAUAGUCAAGUCAACAUUUAUGCAGACCUCCAGUGUAUUUUGGAUUGCAGUGCCUAGCGUGACAGUUAACAGACUGUCCUCAGUUGUCACCACCACAAGUGCUCCUACUACAACAACUACAGCUCCUACUACAACAACUACAGCUCCUACUACAACAACUACAGCUCCCAAUAAAACAACUACAGUUCCUAAAACAAAAACUUCUGCUACAACAAGUACUGCUCCUACUACAACAACUACUGCUCCUAAUACAACAACAACUACAGCUCCUAAAACAACAACUACAGCUCCUAAUACAACAACUACAGUUCCUAAUAAAACAACUACACCUCUUAAAACAACAACUACUGCUCCUAAUACAACAACAACUACAGCUCCUAAAACAACAACUACUACAGCUCCUAAAACAACAACUACUGCUCCUAAUACAACAACUACAAAUCCUAAAACAACAACUACUACUCUUACUACAACAACUACUACUCCUACUACAACAACUACAGCUGCUAAUAAAACAACUACAGCUCCUAAUAAAGCAACUACAGCUCCUAAUACAACAACUACACCUCCUAAAACAACAACUACUGCUCCUAAUACAACAACUACAGCUCCUAAUACAACAGCUACAGUUCCUAAAACAAAAACUUCUGCGACAACAGGUACUGCUACUAAUACAACAACUACUGCUCCAACUAAAACUACAGCUCCUAAUGCAAUAACUACAGCUCCAAAUACAAAAACUUCUGCGACAACAGGUACUGCUACUAAUACAACAACAACUGCUCCAACUAAAACAACUACAGCUCCCAAUACAACAACCACUGCUCCUAAUACAACAACUACGGCUCCCACUACAACAGCUACAGCUCCAAAUACAGUAACUACAGCUCCUAAUACAACAACUACUGCUCCUAAAACAAAAGAUUCUGCUACAACAAGUACUGCUUCUGCUAAAACAACUACAGCUCUUAAUACAACAACAACUACUGCUCCUAAUACAAGAACUACUAACUACUGCUCCUACUACAACAACUACAACUCCUACGACAACAACUACUGCUCCGACUAA